AUGAGCCUUAGUGCGUUAGCUUUAACAUCAAACCUAACAAGUAGGGGGCUUUCAAGGCCUCUACUUUUGAGAGUUCCAUUACUCGCAACAACGAUAUUGAGAAGAAACUACCAUUAUAACAACAGGCUGGUAUACCGUCGUUUCUACUCUGAAAAGAAAAUCUCUCCUUCAGAAAGUUCCCAUGAUAAUGCUGAUCAGAGCGCGAAUAUGGCAAAUCAGCCUGAACAGUCAUCCCAUAAUUCGAAAAUUCCGGUGUCACAUGCUGUACUAGCUCAAAAGGAGCAGCAGGCCAACAAAGAUUUGAAUAACCCAGUAGCACAAGGUGAGUUUUAUGAGCUACUGCUAAGAUCAAACUAUCCACAGUACGUAGUCUCGAGAUUUGAGACCCCCGGCAUUGCCUCAUCACCCGAAUGCAUGAAUUACUAUAUGGAGGCUUUACAGAGAAUAGGCAGGCACGCCGAAGCGGAGGCAGUGAGACAAUCACUUGUUCUUAAUAGUGCAGCUACAGCUGUUAACCCAGCUUUGGCGACAGAUUCCUCGGGGCAACCUUCCCCGGUUUAUCCGGCAUCCUCAUACAACCCUUACUUUGGCUCUAGGAAAGAACCUCUACAUGUGGUAGUAACUGAAUCAACUUUCACGGUAGUCUCCAGAUGGCUAAAAUGGCUUCUAGUUUUUGGAGUUCUCACGUAUGGGGUUUCUGAAGGAUUUAAAUAUAUUACCGAAAACACUACACUUCUGAAGUCAUCCGAAGUAGCAGACAAGUCUGUUGAUGUUGCCAAAACUAACGUGAAGUUUGAUGAUGUCCGUGGUUGUGAUGAAGCUCGUGCUGAGUUAGAAGAAAUCGUGGACUUUCUAAAGGAUCCCACCAAAUACGAAUCCUUAGGCGGUAAGUUGCCAAAGGGUGUUCUUUUGACCGGUCCUCCAGGUACUGGUAAAACAUUACUCGCUCGCGCCACUGCCGGUGAAGCUGGGGUGGACUUUUUCUUCAUGUCAGGUUCUGAAUUUGAUGAGGUUUACGUUGGUGUAGGUGCAAAGCGGAUUCGUGAGUUAUUUGCUCAAGCUAGAGCGCGUGCUCCAGCUAUUAUCUUCAUAGAUGAGCUUGAUGCCAUUGGAGGAAAGCGUAACCCCAAAGAUCAAGCAUACGCCAAGCAAACUUUGAACCAGCUUCUAGUUGAAUUGGAUGGAUUUUCUCAAACAAGUGGCAUUAUAAUUAUUGGUGCGACCAAUUUCCCUGAAUCCCUAGAUAAGGCGCUUACUCGUCCAGGAAGAUUUGACAAAGUGGUUAAUGUUGACCUUCCAGAUGUUCGUGGGAGAGCAGACAUUUUGAAACAUCAUAUGAAAAAGGUAACUUUAGCCUCUGACGUUGAUCCAACAAUCAUCGCAAGAGGUACACCUGGUCUUUCUGGUGCUGAGUUGAUGAACCUCGUUAACCAAGCUGCUGUGUAUGCAUGUCAACAAAAUGCUAUCGCCGUUGAUAUGUCUCACUUUGAGUGGGCAAAGGAUAAGAUAUUGAUGGGGGCUGAAAGGAAAACGAUGGUCCUUACUGAGGCUGCGAGAAAAGCUACGGCCUUCCAUGAAGCUGGGCAUGCAAUAAUGGCAAUGUACACUGCAGGUGCAACUCCUCUUUAUAAAGCUACCAUUCUUCCAAGAGGAAGGGCACUUGGUAUAACUUUUCAAUUACCAGAGAUGGACAAAGUAGAUAUUACGAAAAAAGAAUGUUUGGCCAGAUUAGACGUUUGUAUGGGCGGUAAGAUCGCAGAAGAAAUUGUUUACGGUAAAGAAAAUACAACAAGCGGAUGUGGAUCUGAUUUACAAAGUGCUACCAACACUGCCAGAGCAAUGGUUACUCAAUACGGGAUGAGUGAAAAUGUUGGGCCAGUGAACCUGGCUGACAAGUGGGAAAGCUGGUCGGGUAAAAUUCGGGACAUUGCUGAUAAUGACGUUAUUGAGAUUUUGAAAGCAUCUGAAGAAAGAACAAGGAGAAUGUUAAAUGAAAAGAAUGUCGAGCUGCAAAGGCUGGCACAAGGUUUGAUGGAAUAUGAAACCUUAGACUCCUCUGAAAUAGAAAAAGUUUGCAGGGGAGAAAGCAUUGGCAAAGCUAAAACAAUGACUAAUACGGUCGUCGAAGGUCCAGAUAGUGACGAUCGUAAGGAAAUUGGCGGCGAUAAAUCGAAAAUUCCCGUUUUGAUCAACGCAUGA